AUACUUGUCUCGAACGACCAUGUACCCUAGCCACUAUCGUUCGGCGACGUUCGGCGCCAACCCGUCGCACUUCAUGGGAGGCAUGGGAGGCCUCCCGCAGGAGCCCGGGAAGGGUUGGAUGAUGUUCGGAAUUGGCGCGUUCAUGGGCAUCACGGUCCUUUCCUACUGGUGGGGAUACAACGACAUCGACCGGCGUCACCGCGGUCGGGAGUUCUGGGUCAAUAAACAGACAGAUUCCGACCAGAUCGAAGCUGCGCAGGCCCUUUGACUCGAGACGAGAAGAGGUGUACAAUUAGCAUGUAGUUUUGGGAAAAUUGUGGGACGACGCAGUGUAUUACAUAGCCAUAGGAGUAUCGAGACCUGUACUAGGACACAGAUGCAGAGGUGAAUUCAACCCGAGAAGAAAGGCAGACAUGUCGAUUUCGAAGGCCGUC